AUGAAGUCAAAACUAGACUCCUCACAUCUAUCAAAGAGCUCUGGUGCUAAUGAUUCAAGAAUAUUGAAAUAAACUUACAAUCCUUUAUUUAAAAUAUACCAUAUCGAUACAAAGCAUAUUUUAUGUAAAUCCUGCAAAAUGCUUGUAUUAGAGAAGGAAGCAUACAAGCAUUUAUAUGACGAUCAGCAUGUUCAUAUCUUAUAGAAAGAGUUCUUGAGGAAUAAAAUAAAAUCGGAAUCUAAUCAUAGACGCCGCGAAGUCAAAUCAGAUAUCAAAUAGAAGUCAUUUUCUUAGUAAAGUAUGAAGAAACAAUCUGAGAAGGGUAGUUUAAAUAAAAGUAGAGAUAGUACAAUUGGACAAUUUAUUAAAUCACAUUAAUAAUUUGUAAGUAAAUUAGUGGAGGAUUUAAAUUUAAUUGGUCACAGUAAUCUAUCCCUAGUAGUUGCUUUAUUGAGUGAAACGUAAUGCAAGAUCAACAUGAUAUAUGAAUUGAAUUUUUCAAAAAUAAGUGAGUAAGGAACUUGUUUUGUUAUUCAAUAAAACAAAUAGAGCUAGCCAUCUUAUUCAAUUAACAAAUAGAGGAUGCCAGAAUUUUUGUAGUAGUUCCUACAAAAGAAUUUGGGAUCGAAUAAAAGCAUAAUGGAUUGGAAAUCAAGGAAUAAAUGCACUUAUUUAAGAUACCAGAUACAGCAGUGUUGCAAGAAAUUAGCCAAAUUAACAAAAAAUAAGGAUUACCAGAAGUUUUUGAUUGGGAUAAGAUUGAGUCACUUAAAGGGUUUGGGAUUGUAAUAAUAAAAUGAUUUGAAUAAACAAUUGUAGGCAGAGGAAACUGGGAAGGUAUAAAUUAUGUAAUAGAAUGAAUAGGAAUAGGAAUCAUAGGAGGAAAAUCCACAACUUUUGGGGGAUUAAAAAAAAUCAAAUAUUAGAAUAGUAUUUAAGAAACUGAAAUAGGAAAAUUGA